AUGAUCAUCGAGAUCCCCAUUAUCAUAACACUACUAAUCGCUUGUAGAAAGCGAUCAAAAGCUGCACGAUCUAAGGAGACGAUGAAAGAUCUUAAAACUGGCGAGCAAAGCUCGUCAGCAGUGAAUAAGACGAAAAAAGCUGAAACAGCAAAACGGAAGACAAAUCCUCGCUCUAAAAAUAUGAAGAAAGAAGCAGAACAAGACAACAAACCUUCAUCCAGGUCGUUGUCAGAUGGAACAUACGAGGACGUUCAGCUAUCCGCAGUACCAGUAAGUUGGAUUUGA